AUUUUCAAGAUAUCACAAUGCCGUUGGUGGGCACCAAUAUGCAAUACCACAUGAAUAUUAGUUUUAAAAUUCCAUAGGCUCGUUUUCAAUAAAUAAAUUACAUGUAACUGUGAGGCAGUGAUAUAUAUCAACCAACAUAAUGAUUCAUACAUAAGUAUUUUUCAGUCCAUCACGUGUACCUAUCAAAUGGCAAGCUUCAGCAUAGAUUUUCAUUGUUCAUUAUAUAUAUAACUUUGGAAUUACAUUUUCGGGGAAAAUGUUUACGAUAGAGAAUUGUAUAUCGAGGCUCAAGUUCAUGUAUCGUCUGAUGAAAACCCAGCUGUUCUACAACAGAAUAGGGCAAUAAAUCAGUUUUAAUAAACACAGAUAUAGACCUGGUCACAGUGAAGAUGCUUCUUAUUUGUUUUUCAAUCUAAACGCAACUGCAGAACUGACUAACCUGACUGGAUAUAAAGGAAUAUUUUGUUUCGUUCCAAAGAUCGACUUAAGAGUGACUUAAAGUGCACCACGUUUCCAUUUUAGAUAGGAUUACAUAUGACAGUAGAUGUAGUGCAGUGGCUUGACGUUGUAUAAAACUUAUAUAUAAGUUUCUGCACAUGUAUGUAUGUUAAAUACGCUGUUGAUUUCCCAUUUUUGUUGUCAGGUCCAGGUUUAAUUGGAAAUAAUGCCACGCUUCUGACAUACGCUUCAUAUUCACCACCAUUGUAUAAGUCGCAGUCAGCUAGACGCUUGAUAAUUACGUAACUAUGCAGACAUUACAAGCGUCUGAUUGACCAAGACUAGCAUAAAUGACAUUGAGUAAUUUUUAGAAUCAAACCAAAAUAUAAGUAUACAAACUGAAAACCGAACCGACAACGUUGAACUGUGGUUUAUUGGUUUUUAACCAAAUUAACUGUCGCACCCCUAGAAAUAACCACAGUAUAUGUACCUAUGGUAUUAUGACUAGAGAUUACGACGUGUAUUAAUAAUUUUUCAACACUGCCAAAAUUUCUUGUCCCCUUUCACCUCUUGUAUAGAUCUAUGAUAAUACAAUGUAGACAAGUAUGCAUACAUUUAAUACUUGUAUUUUCUUUACUCACAGAACAUGGGACGAAGCAAAAAAAAAACCCAAGCCUUACAGAAAACAAUCUGAAUCAAAUCAGCCUAAAGAUGGAUCCUGUAUAUUUGUGAAGCUUGACAAGGGAGUGUGGUGGCCAGGAUAUGCCUCGGAGGGAAAAGGCUACUUCUAUGAUGAAGAUGAAUACAUAACCCUCAACAAAUCUAAUUGGAAAUAUACAGUCAGUGAUGAACAGCUGAGGAAAUCACUAGACAAACUGAAAGGUAGAAAUAAAAGGAAAUUUUUUGAUGAUUUGGAAGCAACAAAGUCAAAGAAAGGCAGUGGAAUGACAGGACAUGCUGAUGGACAAGAAGAGAUAGUAGAUGAUAACAUUGAUGAACAAGAAAGGCUUGAAGAGAGUAGCAAGGUAGAUGAUGACCAAGAGAAGAUAUUGGAGGAUGGACAGAUGAAGGACGAUGACCAAGAGAAGAUAGUGAAGGAUGGACAGAUGAAGGACGAUGACCAAGAGAAGAUUGUGAAGGAUGGACAGAUGAUGGAUGAUGACCAAGAGAAGAUUGUGAAGGAUGGACAAAUGGUGGAUGAUGACCAAGAGAAGAUUGUGAAUGAUGGACAGAUGAGGGAAGAUGACCAAGAGAAGAUUGUGAAGGAUGGACAGAUGAUUGAUGAUGACCAAGAGAAGAUUGUGAAGGCUGGACAGAUGAUUGACGAUGACCAAGAGAAGAUUGUGAAGGAUGGACAGAUGAAGGACGAUGACCAAGAGAAGAUUGUGAAGGAUGGACAGAUGAUGGAUGAUGACCAAGAGAAGAUUGUGAAGGAUGGACAGAUGAUGGAUGAUGACCAAGAGAAGAUUGUGAUGGAUGGACAGAUGAAGGACGAUGACCAAGAGAUGUUGGUGGAGGAUGGAGAGUUAGCAGAUGAUGAACUAGAAUGGAGAUCAGAUGAUGAACUAGAAAGGAGAUCAGAUGAUGAACUAGAAAGGAGGUCAGAUUAUGAACUAGAAAGAAUAUCAAAUGAUGAACUAGAAAGGAGAUCAGAUGAUGAACUAGAGAGCAUAACACUAACAGAUGGUCAUGAUGGAAACAUGAGUUUCAGAUAUGAUGGAAACAUGGUCAUGCUGAAGGAAAACAGAGAAGCCUUUAGUGUUGUUAAGGAAAAGCCGGAUCUGGAGGAAGUAAUGGAUUCUUGCAGCGAGGACAGCAACUGCUCGCUGAUUUGGCCCAUAUUGAGUGUUAGUCUGAGAAAGACCAGAAUCUUAAAGAGAUGGAAAACCAAUGACUCACAUAAAGACAGUGAUAGUAGUGUUCAUGACUAUGAUUCUGACAGCAGAGACCCUUCUUAUAAGCCACAGAAGCAUGAUAGACUUGAUGAUGGUGAGACAGAUGCAAGUGACCACAAUGAUUCCAGUGCAUUGACCAUCACCAAGAAAAGAAAGAGCCUUCACUGGAAAAAGAAAGAAAGAAAAAAAAACAGGGUGCCCUGGACCAAAGCUGACACUGAAAUCCUUAAGCGCAUAUUUCAUCCAUGUAUUACAUCAAAUAAGCCUCCAACAAAAAAUGAUGUUUUAUUAGGGACAAGGAAAAACACUUACGUGAAAACAAUGUUCGAAAAAAGAGGCUGGAAGUGUAUUAAGUAUUACGUUUGGAGCCUGACACAACAGCAUCAGAAAAAAAAGAUGAAACUUUUGCAAGCAUCUUCUUUGCGGAACUAAAUCUAUGUUAUGUUCGUCAAGAAAUGUUUUGAUUCCAAUAAUGAAGAGUGUGCCGUUUUUGGUGUUUUACUUUACUUUUAUUUACUUGUGACGACGAAAUGACUCGGUUGAAUUAAUUCCAUUUCUUGGAAGAACCUAGGAUAGAAUUAUCUACGUACAUUUGUUUUACAUCCAAUGAUACACUGUAUAUGUACUUAUAUCAGCAAAUGUUAAUUGGUGCUCUGAAUGAGUUAGACAUUUAGUACAUACAAUUUUCUCCUCACAAAAUUUAAAUAAUUUUCUUGCGAAUUCCCUUUGAACAUUUAGCUUGAAUCCUUAUGUCUCCAUCACCGUCAGUCUUUGCCUUUGUGGCAAAAUCCUCAAUGUUUAUUCUAAGGCUUCUUCUGUUUCUUAAUAAUAAUUCCAUUCACUCUCCAAAAUAACUCGUCUUAAUUUGAUCCAGGGAAAUACCUGUGUUUGACAUUUAAGUGGCAAUGCAAGAUAUACAAGCGAAUGUUUGUUACCACUAUUUUUCAUUAAAAAAGA